UAAAAUAGUUCAUAAAAAGAAAAAAGAAAUAAAAGUUUGCCUUAAGAGAGAGAAAAAAUUCAGUUUUCUCUUUAAAUAUUCUGUAAAUUGAUUUCUCUGAGUGGCCUUACGAUACGAUUACGGUUGUUAAAUUGACAAUGGACAUAUUAGGGGAUUUAUUAGCACCUUAUAGCAGUGUCAUUGCCAAAUGUGUUUGUACGGUAACAUGCUUGCACUAUAUGUCUGGCGCUUUUCUUUUGAAUGAAAUACGCAAAGUGGGAUGCAGCGACGGUUUUCCGCCGGAUCCAUUCCUAGGCGGUGUAGUUUUAACAGUAUUAAGUUGCAAGCUGGGUACAUUGAUGGGCGAUGAGGCAAUGGUGAAGGUGAAUAUGUUCGGGUUUUGUAUUAAUGUUAUCUUUACUCUGACACACUUUUGGUAUGCGUCGGGAACUUUUAAAAUGAAAAUUUGGACAAAAAUUGGUGUGGCCGCUGUAUUUACUAUAACCUGUUUAGCUUAUGCAAACUUUGAAGAUCCUUAUAAAAUUGAAUUCCGUUUUGGUAUGCUAAUAACUGGCUUGCUAAUAUAUUUGGUCGGUAUGCCUCUGCUUGAAUUGGAUGCAAUCAUAAAUAGGAAGACAACUGAUGGCUUGUCGUUGCCGAUGACAUUAGCCGGUGCCGUGGUAUCCGCGGCUUGGGUUAUUUACGCCAUUUCCAUAAAAAAUUCCAUGCUAACGUAUCAAAAUGCUUUGCUUUUAAUAUUGAGUUCGAUACAAUUGUCACUAUUUGCUAUAUAUCCGAACACAAUUUCUUUAAUGGACAAGAAUCCGUCAUUAUUAUUCUUGGAACAAAAGCGUUCUAAUAAAAAGACUAGCAAUCCUUCAAAAGAUAUUCAUAAUAAGAAGUUUAAUUAGAUGUAUUGCAGGGUUGUUGGCUUUCAAAAAAUUGGAAAAGAAAAAACAAACUAAUUAUGUACUACGAAACCAUGUGAUCUCCAAGACGUUCGAGCUAAAUGUGUCGAAAACUAAAACUCAAACAACCACAAAUCAUUAAUCAAUUUUAUAAACUUUAUGACAAUAAUAAUAAUCUUCCAAUAAAGGUAAAUUUAAAAAUAUAGCUUUAAAAUUUAGCUCUUGUAAAUUUAACUUAUGAAAUUGUUAAUACGUACAAUUUAUUGCAGCUUAAGUCAUAUUAAAAAUGAAUUAAAAAUUUUAUAAAAUAACAUUCAAAAUAUAUAUUAAAAUGAAUAUUGUAAUAAAAUAUUAGCGCGCUGUUUGCUUAUACAUAUCUUGAUUAAAAAAUAAAUAAAAAUAUCUUCAAAUAUAAAUAUUAAGAAAAACAUUUUCAGCGGACAAUUUUUUGCACAUAAUUUUACAAGCCUUUGUUCAAUUUGUUUACGACAGAACAUAUCCCAACUAACAAUGAUGAUAACAAAAA